GUUUCAGUGCGUGCAAUGCCCAAUUCCUGCAAAGAGUUUGUGAUAAGCGAAAAUGUUAAAAAUAUCUCGCGAUUUGUGAAUGGAGAGAACUACUACACAAACUUAGAAGACCGAUUCAAUAUUCCAUGGCGGAUUAAUAUCAAGAAGAUGAGUGGGAAUUUUGAAUUUUACCUGCGCUGUGAAAAAGAAGAAUGUGAAAACAGAAAAUGGUCGAUUGAAACUGAAUAUACAUUGAAAUUGGUGUCACACAAUGGGAAAAGUUUAAAGAAAAACUCGAAGGACACAUUCGAAAAAUUUACAGGGCAUGGAUGGAGUAAAUGUAUUAGUUGGAAGGAUCUCGAAAGUGAUUAUUUAGUUGAUGAUAGUAUCGUGGUUGAAGCACAUGUUAAGAUAAUAAACAGUUUGGAUUCUCCGUGCACUGAAACUGGGGUCCAGAAAACUUUUCUGUUGAGGCACACCGUUCAAAAUGUUUCAAGCAUUAAAGAAGGAGGUAUAUACACUACCAAAGUAGAAACACAUUACAAUAUUCUUUGGGAAAUGAACAUAGAGAGAAAAGAAGGGUUUUUUGGAUUCUAUCUACAAUGUGAAAAAAAGCAUUUUGACAGCAAGAACUGGUCUAUUGAACUGGAAUAUGCUCUCACAUUGAAGUCUUCAAAUGGCCAAAGAUUGUCUUUUACGGCAUCACGCACGUUUAACGAGCCUGCUAGUUACGGUUAUGAUAAAUUCAUCAGAUGGGAUGACAUGGAGAGAAAGUAUGCGAUCAACGACAGUAUCAUAAUUGAAGCUCGAGUCAAAAUUAUAAAAAUGACUGGAUUUGAAGAGCGGCCAGCUGUUGGAAGACUAUCUGGAACUUUAAUUCCAGUAGGAGAUCGGGAAUAUUCAAUGGAAGAAUGGAUGGAGUUGGCGUUUGGAUGUUAAUUUUGUAACUUGUAACAUGUAAAUUUGUUCAACAAUAGUUUCUAGUCCCUAAUAAAAUCAUUUCAAACUUU